CCUAGUCCUCCCCUCCUCCCUACGCUUCUACUUUGUUGUUCUUACUGAGUAGUAACUGGCAGGCAUUUGUCGCAAAAUUCCCCCAUCUCCCGACGGUGGCAAAGACAGUCUUCUGGCACAAUUUUGUUCGGAGAUUCUGAGCCAGUGGUAGGUUGGGAAGGACGACAUUAGGAUUCAAGGGAUGUCAGAGGACGAGAAGACGUUGACGCCACCGACGACGAAGACGGGACAAGUACCGGAGUCAUCAAUUACCUCAGCGUCACCGUCCAAGGACAAGUCGGACAAGGCAGACAAGACAUGGCACUCGUACAUUUCAGAGGAUCUUCCUCGUACAGUCCAGCAGUCUACAGACUCCGCCCUCCGCUCCGCCCGUUCCUUCCACCACUCCUCUUCUACCCAUUUCCGUACUCUUCGGGAUUUCAUGCCACAACUGGGAAGCCAGUAUAGAACCUAUGAAGAUGCAUUCUUCCUGAAAAUUAAAGAUGAAUUGACUAAAGUUAGAGAAAAUCCAGCUGUGACUGGUGGAAUUGCUGUUGCUGUUGGUCUCCUAUUAUUCAGAGGACCGAGAAGGUUUCUUUUCCGUCAUACAUUGGGCCGAUUUCAAAGUGAGGAGGCGCAGUUCAUUAGAGCUGAAAAGAAUGUUAAGGAGUUGAACCUUUCUGUUGACUUGAUGAAGAAGGAGAGUGGAAAGCUACUUGAAAGGGCAGCUCUUGCUGAAAAGGAAAUGAAACAUGGCCAAAUUGACCUCAUGAAUGCUGGAGUUCAGAUUCAAACUCUUGCAAGAUCUGUUCACAAGGCAGAAACUAAAGCUACUGAUUGGAAUAAGCCCUAGGCCUACACCCUGAAUUUUAUGAAGUCAAAAUGCAAAGGCCAAGAGUCUCCUUACUCUUUAAAAGAAAAAAAGCUCUUAAGUGUAUAUAUUUAUAUAUAUAUAUGUACAUGUGUGUGUGUGUGUGCAUAUAACUUGAUUCCCCAUUUGUAGCUGCAACUCCGACACUAGGGCUAUGAAGCGGCAAAAGUAUGUUGGGUAUACAAGCCCUGCAACAAAUUGUGGGGCUUAUGGGACUAAGGAAUGAGUUUUUCAACCUGAAUCAUAGUGAUUGUUGGUGUUUGGAAGAGGCAUCAAGGGGAUAAAUCUAUGGGUUUCAUUGCCCCAUCCUAUUCUUUUAGUCAUUGCCGAAUGAAGUGGAUAUGUUUAGCUUGAUUACAUUUUUCAUGUUUACUUAAAAGAAAAAAAAGGGUAUUGCAGAAAGACAUGAGAGCCA